AUGACCACCCGUCUUUCUCUCAAGCAGCAGCUUGCCGAGCUCUCUCAGCCCGCGCCUGUUGACCUCGACCCUGAAGACGCCCUUGCUGCAAUCGACGACGCUGAGCAUCGAUUGUCCAUCGAUCGUCGCGCCGCCACCGACCACUACAUUCCUGUCGCGUCGUCUUCCCUACGUAAAUUCCACGACAGCGUCAGCGACCCCAAAUACGAUGGCAUCCGCACGUCGCGCAAGCAACUUUACGACAACGACGACGAAGCAGAGUCUGGUGAAGGGUUUGCGGAUGAUCUAGAAAGCGAUCAAGACGCGCAGGAUAUCGGUAUUAUUGAGACUGGAGACGGAUAUGCGUCCCCGCGUCCGAACACGGAGGGCCCUGCUGUCUCACGCCCGGACACGCGGAAGCAUGCUGAGACUGAAGCAGAGGGAGACCUGACAUCGAACCUUCGCAAGACCCAUGAGGCAGACAAGAAAAAGGGUCUUGCCGUAUCGCGUCAAAUAGCCAUGUGGGAUAUGCUUCUCGAUACGCGCAUACAGCUUCAAAAGGCCGUUACGGCGGCCAAUUGCUUACCUCAGCCUGACGAGCUGAAAGAGCAUCUUUCACAUCCUCUUGUUCGUGAAGCACUGGAACACAUGCUUGAUGUGGCAGAAAACUUCACGGACGAAUUGGCUCUAUUACAACAAAACCUCCUUCGGGCGAACGAGUCGAUAGAUCCACCUCCGAGCAAACGACGCAAGGUGGAAGGCGCGCCUGACACGAUAUCCGAACAUGGGGAGGCGAUGACGAAGCUCUCAGAGGGCGUGUCAGCACUGGAAGCUUGUUAUCACCCAUGGGCGGUCGACACACUCUCGAAGUGGUCGGCAAAAGUGCAGGCCGUGGCGCCGAACGUGCUUCUGCCGGACAACAGAGGGUCCUUCCUCCGAGAUGGAAAGAGCUCUCGUGUCGGCGUCGUCGGGCUCGUGGACCAGAUGUUGGGUGCAGAGCGUACGAAGUUGCUGGAUCGCACGCGCAGACGACGAGACGGGAAAACGCGCAUCGGACAAACAGCGAGCGAGGGAGGCGACGAAGAACAGGGUAUGGAUAGAGAGGUGUUCGACGACACGGAUUACUACCAGCAGCUGCUCCGGGACGUGAUCGUCGCGCGGGAAGGAGACGAGGGGGAGCCACAAUGGCAGCAGCAGCAGCGAGAGCGGAAGGCACGGCGGAAGAGGACGGUGGACACGAAGGCGAGCAAGGGGCGCAAGCUGAGGUACGAGGUGCACGCGAAACUGCAGAAUUUCAUGGUCCCUGUCCCCGUCGCGGGCGGGGAGUGGCACGAAGAGCAGAUCGACGGCCUCUUUUCUUCGCUGUUGCAGACAUGA